UGAUGCAGUCCCCGUUGGCGCAUUGGAACUGGUCCCGCGUGCAUCCUAGAACGAGAGUCGAUUGUACGUCGACAGGUGGAGCGAUCUGGCGGAGCUUGCUGGCGCGGUGGUUCGGGUGGAUGCAGACGCCGCAACCGGAGGAUCCGGUUCGGGCCAAGCAGAAUCGGCUCGGAGAUCCGGCGGAGCUUGCAGGCGCGGUGGUUCGAGUGGAUGCAGAUGCCGCAACCGGAGGAUCCGGUUCGGGCCAAGCAGAGUCGGCUCGAAGGUACGCUCAGAGACAUUUUUACAUUGCUUUUCUCGAUCUCUCCUUGUCGAGUCUCGUAAUGUUGCCUUCAGCAUAAUUGGCGCAUCACGACUGCAAAGGUUGCAUUCCUUUCGCGUCUCUAUGCGCGCGCGAUUAGAUUGAGUCCGUGAGUCUAAUUAAUUGGACCGUUUCCUGUUUCUGUUUCAGACUUUGUAGCUGAACGCGGCCGACUCUGACGGCGAGACGUUCGGUGAGUCAAAAACAAAGUUAACAAUUAAAAAUGGUGGAUUUUUCGGAGAUGCGUGUUCUCCCUUUUGCACAUCAAUGCGAUUCAAUCAAUGCGAUUUACCAGUAGAUUUCUGCGCUGUGUCAAAACAAUUAGCGGAUAACUUU